UGGUGAACACAUCAAAGACAACUUGGGGCGACUCCAAUAUAUUCCCUUUCCGACAUGUAAUGAAACCUCGCUUCCUCUAGCCCUCCGGUAUGGCGUCACCGAGACCAUCUCGUGCACGAUCGAUUCACUAUCAGAUGAUAUGUACCAUCUGUUAGAAUAUUACGUCCAUUCCGACGCACCUCUCUCAUGCCGUGUACCCACCAUCCCCUUAAACACUGCGAAUGGCGCCAAAUCAAACAGCGACACUACCACGGACGGAGAAUAUCAGGUUGUUGGCGUUGCUGGGGACGAUGGAAGCGGAGGAGGCGGCGGCGGUGGGCCACCCUAUACACCACUCACGAUUGCACUGCAAGGAACGCUGCAGCUGAGCCAUUUACAUAUAUGGACAGAUAUGAACGUCCUUAUGCAUCGUUUGAGUUCUGUUGAUUCCCCAAGGAAAAAGUCCGCGGGACAUUCUGGCGCACCGGGAUAUGUUGUUGCCGGAACAGCGUACUCGCUGCCGGAACUCCAUUCGAAAAACGAAGCAAAGCUUUCAAAAGAAGAACAGGAUGCGGCUAUGAUUGAGAAUGCGCGCAAUCCGUGGACGGCCGGCCAUGGUACCAAGGUUAUCCGAGGCGAACCAUUGACUUUAAAUUUCAGAGUUAGUUGGGUCUCUGGCGCAGAUAGUUUGGGAUGGCUUGAUCGCCCUUACCAUCAGCAGCGGACGACUGUAGCAGGAGUCUUGACCAAAGUGGUGUUUUUCAUCAUGGCAGCGGGGAUUGGAGCGCUUUUCGCUUCAUAUUAUCAGAAAAUGCGAAGAGGUGGUGGUUGGAGAGGAGAUGGGAUUCUCGGUCGUCCGAUCACAGGUCGCCAUGGUAGCACAAGCGGUGUCAUGUAUGGGAAUGCUGGCAAAUCGAAUGGUUAUGGGGGCUUUUCUCACACCAGCGUGUCGGUGGCUUCUGGGUCAGGUAACGGAGGAUAUGGUUAUGGAGGGUACGGGAAAAAUGAUUGAUUCUGGUUCGUUUUGAGUGGACACAAAUUGAUCACAUACUCAUGUGUACAUGUACGAUGUUAACUUUGUAUACGACAAGAUACCACAGAAGCGGGUGACGGAAGAUACACAUCAACUAUAU